CAGUUCGAGCCGAACUUUGGCUUUUGGCUUUGUUGUCCGCGAAAGCAGCGGUCUACAAGCUUGCCCUCCCUUGUAGAAAUUUGUUUAAUGUUACGUCCUUGUUUAUUUGCCUCAUUGAUUCCACCACAGUGACAGGGACCCACAUAGCCAGAUAAGUAGCGUACUCUCAAGGAUACAAACUGACCAUCUCUAUUUAUUCGACAAUGGAGGGUACAUUCGUAGUAGACGAAGUCAGCGCCAUAAUCAAGGAGGCGAUGGAGACUAUAAUUGGUGGAAACGUUUACCAGCACAGCAAAGUGCCCCAGUGGACGAACACUACUGUGGAGCACAUACUGGGCCAACUAACAAAAAUGAACAAGCCAUUCAAGUACAUAGUGACAUGUGUUAUCAUGGAAAAGAAUGGUGCUGGUCUUCACACAGCAACCUCUUGCUACUGGGACAACACCACUGACGGAAGCUGCACUGUACGUUGGGAGAACAAGACGAUGUAUUGCAUUGUAUCUGUGUUUGGCUUGGCCAUAUGAGGACUUCCUAUGUCUGUCCUGUGACAGUAUGUGUGCAUUCCAUGGGCCUGGAAACUAAACCUUUCAGUACUGUGUGCUGCAUGCAUUAAAAAACAAGAAAAGGUCGCCUACGCUAGUUUUGUGGAAGUUGCCGACCAAUAUUUUUUACUUCCGCUGAACGAAAGCUUGCUGCUGGAUGCUCGUUGUUGGGCUUUUUAAAGCUCACUUGUUUGUGAAUGAUAGCUGAUGAAAUAAAUACCAUGUAUUUAUUACA